CGAACGCGGUGGCCCGCUUUUGCCGCACGUUCGGAGGCCGAACAUUUGUAGCUUGCUCGGGGCCGCCUCGUCGCUGGAAAUCGACGCCGGCUUCGACGACGACGCCUUUGCAUGUGAUCGGACACUUGGCUAACCCGGGAACCGGAGGCACGUUACAAGCGUUCCAAGAUGCCCGAAGAAGAUGAUGACGAUGCCAAGAAGAAGAAAAAGAAAGGCUCGAAAGGAAAGAAGGGCUCCAAAGGCAAGAAGGGCUCCAAGGGCAAGAAAGGUUCCAAGGGCAAGAAGGGCUCCAAGGGCAAGAAGGGCUCCAAGGGCAAGAAAGGAAAGAAAGGAUCCAAGAAGGGCUCCAAAAAAGGCUCCAAAAAGGGAUCUCCGAAGAAAAAAGGGGGGUCCAAGAGCGCGUCUCCGGAACGGGAAUCGGGACCGGCGACACCUGCGUCUAAAUCACCGUCGCCGCCCGCGGGACCCGUACUAUCUGUCGACUGGUCAAAGAGGCGGCGGCCGUUCGAGAACGCCUUCACAGCGCAGGGUUUCUACGGCGACGGCAUGUCACCCAGCCGCGACCAGUUUCUGGUCAACGUCCAAUACUACGACAACGCACCUCCCCCGCCCGCCUACUACGACUACGGCGCUGCGGCGCCCAUGAUGCAGAUGCAGCCCAACACGGUCAUGAUGGCGUCGCCCAUGGGGGGAGACAUGAGACCCAUGAGGAGCGGCACCGUGAUCUCGUCCACCGAACGCGAGUACUUUGAGGUCGAGGAGCGACGCGAGAGGAAGCGGAGCUCGGCUGGCGCGGUGGGCGCUGUCGGCGGCGCCGGCAUGGCGAGCUCGUCGCAGGGCCUGGUCGCGGGCGGUGCCGCGGUCCCCGGCGCGGCAGGCCUGAUCGGCGGCGCCGGCCUGGUGGGCGCCAUGCCGCUGCUCGAUGUCAGCGACCAGGAGCUGUCGUCCAUCGAGAGGGACAUGCGCAAGAUGUACCACGACCGGUACCCCAGUGAAGAGACGACGUUGACGUUAUUUCCGGAGCGGUCCCUCAUCAUCAUCCUCGUCAUCAUCUUCAUCUUCGUCGUCAUCAUCGUCGUCUUGGCAGUCACGGGAAGCGGAUCCAAACCGAUGGGAGCAGUGAGCACGGUGGCGGGAGGAAUCGGCUCGCCUGGGCAUCCAGAGGGUGGACAAACAGUCAUAACAGCGCCAGAAGGUGGAACAGAGGAGGUCGAUUACCCUCCUCCCCAUCCGCCCGGACCCGACCGACACCCAGCCACACCACGGCCUGAUCAUUACACAUCGAAACCGACGAGGACACCCAGACCUGGAGGAGGACCUGGAGGAGGAUCUGGAGGAGGACCUGGAGGAGGAUCUGGAGGAGGACCUGGAGGAGGACCGUCGACCGAAAGGAUGACCUUCAGCUUCACUCAUAAGGCUCGGCCUACGAAUGUUCCUCCGGGCGACUACUACGUGUGCACUACCGACUACUGCGAGGCGGAAGGGAGCUUCGUGUCGAGCACGUUGAGCGAGUCGAUAAAGCCGUGCGAUGACUUCUACGACCACGUGUGCAGCAAGUUCCAGGCGGCGCACACGGUGAACCUGCAGAACGCCGACAUCGUCAGCACCGACACGCUGCUCUUCAGGGCCAUGGAGGAUAACAUGAAGUCCAUCAUCACCGGUCGUCAAGGGGGCACGGAGAAGCUCUACAACCUCUACAACGGCUGCCGGGAUACAUCGUCCAAGCCUUCGGAGCACGCGAACAAGGAAUUCAACAGCAUCAAGGACGACGCUGGCCUGAGCGGCUGGCCGUUCCUGGACUCCUCGGACGCCAGCAACUACGACGCCGUGUGGACGGCGGCGGCCAAGCUCUGUCGGCUGCUGGGCAUUCACGCCUUGGCCAAGCUCACGGUCGAGCCGGACCCCGAAGAGGUCGACAAGUUCGUCAUUGCGUUGGACGAGCCGGACGUGUACCUGCGCAAGAGCGACGUGCACCUCGACAAGAUGGUCAACUGGUACUCGGAGGCCGUGACGACAGCGCUGAAAGAGGGCUCCAGGAUCGCUGGCACGUCGGACGCCUCGAGCCACGCCAGCAGCGUCGUCACCUUCGCCAAAAACCUCGUCAAGAGCUUGAGCCUACCGGAUAAGACGAUCAUGGGAACAACCAUAUACAUGACGAAGAUGUCCAAGGAAAUUCCUAUGAAGUUGCAGAAGUUUGCGGGAAUCGUCGUGGACAUGGGAAGCCACAAUUCGUUCAUGCAAAGCAACACUAGGGUCCUGUUGAAGUCUCCGGAAUUCAUCAACAAGACCUUGGAGGAACUUGUCAGAGAUCACCAGAGCUACGUGGUGCUCAACUACCUCGGCUUUCGGCUGAUGGUGGAACUGUCGCCCUACCUGCCGGAGAGCGUGGGCCCGCUGCGCAACGUGUGGUACACGCAGUUCACCGGCAUUUACAAGCCAAACGUGGAGCGCUGGCGCACCUGCUUGCACAGCAUCGACCGCGCCGUGCCGCUCUACCUCCUCUACAUGUACUCGGAGCACCUGAACAAGACCACCUUCCGGGAGGUUGUGGCUAGGAUGACCACCGACAAGAUCGGCCGAGUGUUCACAGAAAACAUCAACAAAACCAAAUGGAUGGACGGCUUCACCAAGUACAUCGCGGAGAGGAAGAUUAUGUCCCAGAAGAUAUUGAGCUUUUACCCUGUCUGGGUGGCCAUCAGGGACAAGUUCAUGGAGCACGUCCAACAGCUGCCGUCGGCGACAGGCACAGAUGCCAUCAAGCAGUACUUCACAUACGUACAGCACUUUAGAGACGACAUCUUCAAGGCAUACACGACACAAAGAGCCAGGAUGAAGCAGUGGCCCGGCAGCGUCUUCGACACUGACGUCAUGUACGAUAUGCAGAGGCAGGCCAUCUUCAUCCCAAUGGGUCUCUUCAACAUAUCAGUGCCUACCAACAGUUCAGUCUUCGUCGUUCACUCCGCCCGCUACGGCGUACGACUAACGAGAGCCAUGACGAGGAUGAUAUACGAAAAGAGCUACUACUACGACACGGGCAAGGUGUUCCCCGAGAUGGUGUGGAGCGAGACGUCCGCCCAGAACUUCGCCAAGCGGCUGCAGUGCUUCUCCGACCAGUACGGCGAACUCGACGAUCCCACAAGCCCGGGCCACAAGCUCAACGGAUCGUCGGUGCGCGAGUCCGUGUUCGAGGAGAGCGCCGCCAUCACACCUGCGUUCAAGGCCUUCCAUCAGCUGCUGAACGUCUUCAGGAUAUGGCAGCGAGACUUCCGCUUGAUGAACGCCGAGCACCUCUCGUCGGAUAAGCUCUUCUUCAUUUACUACGUUUUGGACAACUGCGUCAAGGCCAACCAAGACUACAUGAUGUACCAAAAGUACGGCACUAAUCAAGCCUUCGUAAAACAGAGGGUGAUGCUGGCGCUGAAGAACUCUCACGAGUUCUCGCGGGUCUUCGGCUGCCCAGAGAGCAGCGCCAUGAACCCGGUCAGAAAGUGCAGCGCCUGGGGCGGCUAGUCGUCGUCGACGGGCGAGGUCAAGAGAGCUGUGACCGGAGCCCCGCCAGGUACCCGAGCGGUGGUGGUGGUGGACGGGGUUAGAGAACCCACCUUCCCUCCCCGAACACGCGGAGGGACAACUUGUUUGAAGCCGCGGACGCCCGUCUCUCUCCCAGCUGACAGCCCUUGCCUCGGCGGCAAGCACGACCCCAUGGCCGUGGGGCAGGAAACCCACUGUGUGUGUUUGCCUGUGCCAUCAAUAAAAGCAUCAGCCAUUUGUCAUCAUCACAA